AUGCGAGACGCUAGCACGAUGGUCAUCACCUCGCUUUAUCCUUGCUCAGCCUUACUACUUUGCCUAUUAUCUUAUUCAUCGGCUAACACAAUAUCUACACCAAUUAUUGGUGGUAAAUGCAAUACUCUUAACGAAGAAAUACCGAUUGGCGGCGUUCAAAAACAUUUUUAUCUCAAGUGUGAACCUAAUACCGACUUGAAAGGUCUUGGUGGUACUUGGAUUGUGAAAAUCAGAGAUGAUUCUACGGUUUCUCAAGGCUCAUCUUCAUCAUUCUCAUCUAUAAUCAACACGGGUGUUCAGCCACAAAUUACAUAUGGCCAAGUUCCAUCUCCAUCCAGCAAUAUCUGUGUACAAGAUCGAAAUGCUGCGCAAGGAGAAAGUUGUUCAGUAUCCGAGACUUGCCUUCAGGCAAAUGGAAACGACCUGACGAGCUAUUUGCAGUGUGAUCAAAGCAGCUUUCGAUGGAAUAAAAAGAGUUGCCCUGAGAGGCAAAUCUUCAAAUUUGAGCUACAAGUUUGUACUGCUCAAGUUCCAGCGCAAAUUCAUGCAAAUCAAGAAAAACGAACAAGCAAUAUGUUGUGCAAUUGCGACAGUGAUGGAGUUCAAAUGUCAAAGUCAUUUAGCUGGGGAUUGAAAAUAAAUUGUCUGAAUGAACAAAUAUGCAAACAAACUUAUUGUUGUGAUGUGCGACAGUUACAAUGGAUCACAUUUUUAGCAAAGAGCUUUGGAAUGCCAUGCAAGCGACACUUUGCCAAGCCGAAGGUUGCUUGUUUGGACGAGUAUUUUUCUUCAGAAAAAUUUGAGAAGGCUAAUGAAACAACCAAGCCCUCAUCAUCCGAGGUGUUAUUUGAUCAUGACCAAUUUUCUCAAUCAUACAGUUCUCAAACAAUCUCUAAAUUGACGAAAUUGGAACUUCUACAAAAGCCUACUGAAAAAACAUCGCCAAAUCUACCUUUUGCUGUAAAAAAGCAUGCUUCUCUUUUGUUUGAUAGAGAACCAAUGAUAUCUGUGAAAAUUCAGCCGAAUGAAAAUCAGUAUGCAUCUCUUUUGCUCCAGAAGAGCUUAAUUAUACCCAAGAAAUUGCCACCGAAUAAUAAUCAUUGUAUAAUUGAAAGAUUUUCUUGUUCACUAGAUAAUCCAUGUCCAAAUACAAGUGACUGCAUGAGCAAUCGUUGUUGCCGCAUGCUAAAUGAACAUCGUUGUUCGAGUGGACUAUCUGUUCUAUCAUUUCCUCACGAAUGUAUUCGAUCAUCUGAUUGUCCGAUCGGAGCUUUUUGUGAUCAACGACGUUGCUGUCCUAUAAACAAUAUAAUAAAAACAUAUUUGGAAUCUUCGGACGCUUUUUUCUCUCGUAAAGUCAAUUUAAUUAGGACUUAA